CUAAUUCAUUAUAUUUUUUAAAGUUAUUACUCCCAUUUAUCUUUUUUCGAAAUGCCUAAAAAAGUUCGUAAUUCUCAAGUGUCUACUUUAAGUCCGUCCCUUCGUAGGCACAGUUUCCACUGUACCGUGAAAUCGGCACAGAUUUUUAGCAGGUGUUUUCGCUCUCGACAAUCAGACAACCUCCUACUUUUGAGCCUUAUCCGUCCUAAUGAAGUAAUCUGUAAAUGCCCAACUCGAUCGUAAACGGUUUGGAAUAGGAAAGGGCACGGUGAAGCAGCAAUCGAAGCGGAAACGAGUUCAUGCAGAGAGCGUUGUCUGAAAAUCUCACUACUGCACCAUGUGCACUUAUUUUUGUGCAGUCGAUUCUGGUCACUUACAAGCUGAAAUAUCAGACGAUGGUUGGUCAUUUGUCUACUGUCUUACUGGCAAGGCGUGGAAAGGAAAGAUUAGCAAUGAUGACAUAGCUUCAAGUGCAUCUGAUUUGUAUCAAAAUUUAACCCAAUAUAGUGAAACAGCGAUCAAAGUAUUUUCUAAUGAGAACUGUGAAGAUAUUGUGAUUGAUCUGAUAGAUUGUGAAAAUGAUAAGAAAGAACUCUGCUGGAAAAAAAUUACCAGCACCAGUGUGAAAUAUUCUCUUGGAUCUGUGAUUUUGGAAAGAUGUGAUUCAGCUGAAGUGGAUAAAGUCUUGAAUCAGGCAUUCGGUGCAAUAACAAAGUUGAAGAGAGAAUUGAAGGAGUCACAAAAUGAGAAAUCGAAAAUUGAAUCUGAGAAGAACGACUUAGCAUGUCGAUUAGAGGAUUUUUCUCGACUAAAAGUUGAAUUAGAAGGAGAACUAUUCACUAAAUUCGUUCUGAUAUUAAAUGAAAAGAAAUCAAAAAUUCGUGAUUUGAAAAAGGAAAUCGAGAAACUGAAAAAUCCAAAAAUUCAAUUUCCAUCAAAUACAGUAAAUAAUAAUGGUGAUGGAAUCAGUAAGGAAGUAUUAGUCCAAAAAGGUCUGCAAAGUAAAAAACUAAGAUCUGAAACUAAAAGAAAUAUAUCUCAUGACAAUUCUUUGACUGAAGAAUCUGAAGAAUUAAUUAAAAAGAUCCCAAGACGUGAACGUAAACAACAGCAGAUUUUUGCUUCAGUUGUUCCCUCAACAAAUUCCAAAAUUAUAUGCAAAUCAGAAGAAUCUACAAGCCCAUCAACUUCACUGGUAAAUGAAUAUGAUGAAACAGUAGAUGCAAGUGGUAUGAUUGAUGGAUUAUAGGCCAUAAUGCUCUGAAAUAGGACCCAAAAAUUUGGAAAUAGUGUUGUAUCAUACACCCACGCAAAGGUGUAAUUUAUAAUAUUGGUUUGGAUAAGACAGCAUCAUUUUAAAAAGAAAACUAAUGCAUUUAAAUGAAAUCUGAAUCACAAGAUCACACUAGAACUUGAAGGUUUUGUUUUUCAACAAACUGAGCCAGUGCUUUUUUGAACAUCUAACUGUGAGAUUAUUCUGAUUGUUCCAUAAUAUAUAAAAUAAUUAAUAUAACUGUCUUCAUGAAGAUUAUGCAUAGUAUUGUUCUGAAAUCUUGCAAUGUUGCACUAAAUAUUUCUUUUUAAAAUAAUCUACAGCAGUAUAUGAAGUUCUUGUUUUAUGAAUGAAAUUUGAAAGUUUGAAACAACAAAAUCAUACAGUAUUACACUGAUCUUGAAUGAAAUGUAUGAGCCAGUUUUCAAUGAAAAUGAAAUCCAAUUUUGACUGUAUUCAAUAUUCUCUGUCUCUCUGCUUUUUUUCCAAAUUUAAAAUAUUUAUCUUAAAGAUUUUGAACAUUCUAAAUUAUAGCUUGUUCCCUUCGCUUUAUUUUGGAGCAGAUUAAAAAAUGUUUGCACUAAAUGUUUUAAUUUGAGUUUAUGGAUAAUUAUAGGCAUCUCAUUGUCAACUUGUGUUGAUAAACAAGAUUCUUUUAUGUGUUCCAGAUUAUACUUUAUAUUUAUUUAAUUAGAAAGAUGUUGUCACAAUAUAAUGAACUUAUUAUCUGAUGUUUUCACAUCAUAGCAUGGUUAAUUGCCCAUGUAUUUAGAUAUUAAUUUGUACAAUUCGAUUAUAUAUUUUAUAG